GUUUAAUGCACAUGUUGCUUUAAGAAAUUAAAACACAACAAUAACAAUUUAAAACACAAUGGAGACGGUUAAAGAACUAAUACAGUUUAUGCAACCCAAUCAGAGGCUCGAUUUAAAGGCCGUGGCACUGACGCAUGUGCUAGGUCUGACUGGCAGCGCCGAAGGAAAAGCGGCGAUACUCUCGCUGGAUGACAUGCUGAUUGCCAUUUUCGGCUUGACCCACGACAGCAACCAGACUGUGGCUAAGGAUGCCGUACUCAGUUUGAUAAAUUUAACAGCCGAGGAAGCAGGCGCCAUCAAAAUAUUUGAUUUGGCCAAGCAAACAAAACCCAUAUUUCCCUUAAUCAAUGAGGCAAUUCAACACAUAUGCGACGAGCAGGCUGAACUUGCUGACGCUUGGUCCAUGGUGCUGAGCAAUAUGACGCGGGUAGAGUCGCUGGUGCACGAAAUACUGGAUACGCUGGAGCGCGACGAACAAACACUUCCCAAGCUAGCCAAGGUAUUUGCCCAGUUAGAUUACAAUAAGAAGAAGUCUAAGCUGCACUAUCUCGGGCCCAUCUUCUGCAAUCUCACGCAAACCCCACGCGGUAGGGAGCUUUGCUGUCACUCGAAAUAUCAGUUGCUAGAGAAACUGUUACCAUUUGCAUCCUAUGAGGAGAAUGUUGUGCGACGUGGUGGCACGAUUGGUAUCAUUAAAAACAUUUGCUUCGAUCCAGUUUACCACGACAUAAUCCUGAACGAUAACGAUGAGAUCUUGUGUGCUAUACUGAAUCCGUUGUGUGGACCUGAGGAAUUCAGUGAUGAGGAGAACGAUAAGAUGCCUAUUGCACUACAGUAUCUGUCAGAGAGUAAAACACGGGAAACAGAUCCUGAUCUGCGCCAAAUGUUGCUGGAGUGCCUUCUACAGCUUUGUGCGACGCGACGUUUCCGGGAACAUCUUCGCUCUAAGGGGGUCUAUGAGAUACUGCGGGAGUAUCACAAGUGGGAAGCAAAAAUUGGUCGCUGCAGCGAGUGCCUGCAGGCUUGCGAGAAUGUGGUGGACAUUUUAAUCAAAAAUGAGGAGGAAAUCGGACUGGACAACUAUAAAGCCCUCGAAGUUCCGGCUGACCACACAGAAAAGUUCUUGCAAGAGGAUGCUGAUUAUGUUAAGAGUUUAAUGGAUUGAUGUUUAUAUCGUAAUUAUUUUGUAUAUUGUAAAUAUAUUGCUGUAGCCUAAACAAAAA